AUGUCACAGGAGACUUAUUCGGUACCGGAACAAGCUGCUGGAGUAUUCAAAACGGGAAUACUCGAAAACCCUCUGAUUGCAAAAUCGCUGCCACCAGAAAUCACAGAAUGUGCAGCUGCGAUUCGUUUCGAGGGGUCUGAAACUCCUUCGAUCCCAAUCAUCUGGCGAUUUGCCGAGAGCAUCUCGGCACUUAAGGCUCUCGAAGCAUCAAUGCUCAAUGUGCUUUUAGUACGAAAAUAUGGCAUUAGUCCACCCCGUGUGAUCAUCAAUACGGAUCAUGCGCAACUGUUCUUCAUGUCGACAUUAAUCUUCACGAUAGAUCCAAAAGGCUCGGCUCUUUCUCUCGCGUCUCUUUCGUCUAGUGAGGGACGCAAAGCAUUUGAGAAAUGUUUUCCCAGUUGGGACAAAGGGAACGCUUUCAGAGACCCGUACCGCGUCGCUGCCACCAACAUAUAUCAGACCCAGGACAAGCGGUUCUUUCACUUGCACGGCAGUCUGAAUCCGGACCACACUCUGCGCAGUUUGGGUAUGCCGCUUGAAGGUAAGGCUGCGUCGAGUGAUGAGGCUAUUCAACCCUUCAUUCAAGCAGUUGGCCAGAAGACAGCGGAAGAGCUGGAUCGGCUGGAGAACGAAGAAUACCGCCAAGCUGGGACGAUCUGCUACACCAGUGAGGAAUACUUCAACACCGAGCACGGAAAGGCCAACGCGCACGUGGGGUUGUAUGAGCUCAAGGAGAUCAAAAACUCUUUGCAAGCUCCAUGCUGGUGGACAGACAACUCGCAAACGUCCCCAAAGCGACCCCUUGGUGGGUUGAAGGUGGUUGACUUGACCCGCAUCAUCGCGGCCCCAGCCAUCUCAAGAGGACUCGCAGAGCUUGGGGCAAGCGUUAUGCGCAUCACAUGCCCUCGCCUUCCUGACUAUUCCCUGUUGCAUCAGGAUCUUAACUGGGGCAAAUGGAAUGCCUGUCUGGACUUCACUCUUGAAGACGAUAGGAAGAAGAUGAGGCAGCUGAUUCUCGAAGCGGAUGUGGUUGUGCUGGGGUACCGGCCUGGGGUGCUUGAUAAGUUUGGAUUUGAUGCUGAUAGCAUCAUCCGUCUUUGUGAAGGACGUGAUAGGGGUAUUGUAGUCGUUAGGGAGAAUUGCUAUGGGUGGCAUGGUCCUUGGGCAGGCCGAAGCGGAUGGCAGCAAAUCAGCGAUGCAUGCUGUGGUGUUUCGAUGGAGUUCGGGCGCGCCAUGGGCUACGAUGAGCCUGUGACUCCUGUGUUCCCUAAUAGCGACUAUUGCACCGGUGUUAUCGGCACAGUUGGUGUCCUGGACAGUCUGCUUAGACGUGCGAAGGACGGAGGGUCAUACAUGAUCAAUGCUGCUCUGAAUUACUACUCGCAGUGGCUUGUGAGAUCCUGCGGGACCUAUUCACGAGACGUCUGGGAUGAUCUCUGGGCCCGAAAUGGAAACCCCAAGUUCCGCCACUAUCAUACCAUGGGCAAUAUGACACCUGCUUUCCUAGGAAUGAUGAAAAGGUUCCAUGCAGACAAACUGCUCCGUCCGGAAUUCUUUGAAGAGAGGCACUGCCGAAGCAUCGGGUACGACAUAAAGACUGUCAAGCCUGUUCUUCAAUAUCCAGAUGGACAAGUUGAGCCAAAGUAUGACAAGGGUACAAGGACUAAUGGGACGGAUCGGCCUUGCUGGCCAGAGGACUUGACUAGUGAAUUUGUACUAUGA